AUAUAAGGUAUUUUGGCUCAAUCGUACUGUGUUAUUAUGACACUUUAUUAAGUCCAAGAUAUUUAUAUAUUAUACACAUCUGUAAAUUUGUAUACAAUUCCUGACACCAUUACGCUAGCUGUACUCUACCUCUCUGCAAGACGACUGAUGAUGGGAACGAUGAUUCCUCAGAAUGUCGAAAAGAAAAAAGGCGGCAUGGUCACCAUGCCCUUCAUCUUUGCAAAUGAAGUAUGCGAAAAACUGGCUGUUGUUGGAUUCUCCACCAAUAUGAUGAGCUAUUUGACAGGGCAGCUUCAUCUGCCGAUAACCAUGGCCGCCAAUACUCUCAACAACUUCGGCGGGACGGCUGCUCUGACGCCGUUGCUUGGAGCCUUCGUCUCCGAUGCCUUCGCCGGGAGGUUUUGGACAAUUACCAUUGCCUCAAUAAUAUACCAAAUAGGAAUGAUCAGUUUGACAGUGUCAGCAGUUUUGCCCAAUCUAAGACCUCCCGCUUGUAAUAAAACCAGCGGCCAGAUUUGCGAGCGAGCUGAUUCAGGCCAACUGGCGGUUCUCUAUAUCUCGCUGUUGCUGACAGCCUUAGGUUCCGGUGGGAUCCGGCCGUGCGUGGUGUCUUUCGGGGCUGACCAGUUCGAUGAGAACGAUCCGAGGGAGAAGACCACGACAUGGAAAUUCUUCAACUGGUACUACUUCUGUAUGGGGGCGUCCAUCCUGGUUGCGAACACAGGUAUUGUGUAUAUUCAGGACAACGUUGGAUGGGGCUGGGGGCUUGGGGUUCCGACCAUUGUCAUGGCUCUGUCGAUUAUUGCCUUCGUCUUUGGGUAUCCGAUGUAUCGACAUAUUGACCCGGCGGGCAGCCCCUUUACCCGUCUGGUCCAAGUCUGCGUGGCGGCGUACAGGAAGAGGAAGGUGGCGAUGGUGUCUGAUCCAGCUCGAAUGCUGUAUGAAAAUGAGGAGCUUGAUGCUCCCAUCUCCGUCGGUGGGAAACUUAUCCACACCAAGAACAUGAAAUUCUUGGACAAAGCUGCCAUUGUUACGGAAAACGACAAUCUAACGACUAACAAUCCAUGGGAGCUGUCGACGGUCCACCGUGUGGAGGAGCUGAAAACCCUCGUCAGAAUGGGUCCGAUAUGGGUCACCGGCAUCCUCCUGAUCACGGCGGCUGCCCAGCAAAACACGUUCGCCCUCCAACAGGCCAAGUCCAUGAACAGACACCUCACCAACACCUUCAAAAUCCCAGCAGCCUCAAUGAGCGUCUUCGUGCAGCUAGCAAUGUUGCUCACCAUAGCCCUUUACGACAAGGUCUUGGUCCCCCUAGCCAGGCGCUUCACCGGCCUGGACCGCGGGAUAACCUUCCUCACACGAAUCGGCAUUGGCCUCGGGGUCUCAUUGCUAGGCACCAUGGCAGCCGGCUUCGUCGAAGUCAGGCGCAAGAAUGCUGCAUCCGCCGCCGGCCUGAUCGACAAACCCGAUGCCACCAUUCCCAUUUCAGUUUUCUGGAUAGUUCCACUGCAUGCUCUCCAUGGUGUAGCAGAAGCUUUCACGUCAAUCGGGUACCUUGAAUUUUUCUAUGAUCAGGCCCCGGAGAGCAUGAGGAGCACCGGGCCGGCAUUGUUCUGGCUUUCGAUCUCGGCAGGGAGCUAUGUGAGCACCCUUUUGGUCAGUCUUGUGCACAAAUACAGCGCCGGCCCUGAUGGCUCCAACUGGCUGCCGGAUAACAAUCUCAACAGAGGGAAAUUGGAGUACCUGUAUUGGUUGAUUACAUUGCUGCAGCUCUUGAACCUGAUUUAUUAUUUGUUCUGCACCAAGUUCUACACGUUCAAGCCAAUCAAGCCCCGCAAGCAGGAAGAGGAAGGGCCAAUAGAAGGAGGAGCUGAGGAUACACUUCAUCAUCUUGCCUGAUGAGCUAGUAUAUCGAGUUCUUCUAGAAGUUUAGUUAUGGAUGUAAAAGGGGUUUCACCGCUACCACAUAUUAUUUAGAUUGUGGUAUCUUUUUUAUUUUUUAUUUUUUAUUUUUAUAGCGUCGUCCUUCAACAAAUUAUAUAUACAUAAAUUGGCACUUGUUUGUUUUCCAUUGAUGUCAUCAUUUAUCCCUGUAUCAGACCAACAAUGUAUAUAUUUUGUUGUUCCCUCAAAUUGGGGAAUUCUUAAA